AUGGAAAUGCGGAUGUUAAGGUGGACAAUAGGUGUAACGCUAAAAGAGAAAGUAUCCAACGACACUGUGCGCUCCAUCUUCGGCGUCGUCCCGAUAACUGAGAAGAUGAAGGAGGCCCGACUGAGAUGGUUCGGUCACGUCUUGCGGCGAGAGGAAGAUUCUGUGGCCCAAACCGCACUGAAGCUCGACGUUUCAGGAGUGAGGCCGCGUGGGAGGCCAAAGAUUCGCUGGUUAGACCGUGUGAAGCUGGAUAUGAUAGAUGCACAUUUGUGUACGGCUGAUGCAAUGGAUAGAACCAAAUGGAAGACAAGAAGCAGAAAAGCGGACCCUGCAACAAUGCGGGACAAACGCUAG